AACUCACAGCACAGCAGGCAAGCACUCGGGCACAUAGACACCGAGAAAAGUUAUAAAAAAAGUCUGAAAAUUGUUUCAAAGAAAAACGUUUGUAUCAUCCGGACAGACGCUGAACAGACAUCUAUCCAUCGAUUUGGAAUUAUUCUUAAAGAGCGAGUUUGGAGAAACAUUAAAGGUGUUUUGACAAACUGCCCUCCCACAACAACAACCCUCGGAGCCUCUUUUGGACCCUACCUCUUCUUCUCUUGUCUGUGUGGCACCCAGUGCUCCCCAGGCUGCCUAAAGAGCGGGCAUAGCGCCAUGGUAACUUACAGCAAGUUUGACUCCGCAAUGAGCAGCAGCAUCUUGGACUCCAGCAUGCGGCUGCCUCAGCGUUUUAAAACGUUCACCUCCAAAACCCAGUAUCAGAUGGUCCUCGCCACACUUCACAAGCUGCAGGAGAGUGGCUUCUAUUGGGGGGCCAUCACCGGGAAGGAGGCCAAUGCCAUGCUGGCGGCUGAGACCACCGGCACCUUCCUCAUCAGAGACAGCUCCGACAACCGGCACCUGUACGCCCUCAGUGUCAAAACGGCGUCAGGCACCAAGAACCUUCGGAUCCAAUGUGACUCUUCCUCUUUCUACCUGCAAACAGACCCUAAGAACAUUCAGUCUGUUCCACACUUUGACUGUGUCCUCAAGCUGAUCCACUUCUACAUGCCUCAGAGCAAAGUGAAUGCUCGCAGUGGGAAUAUGUACUACAUUUACUCUGGAGGAGAGAAGAUUCCUCUGGAGCUCAUCAAACCUCUCUCCUGUAACCUAUCCACCUUGCAGCACUUGUGCAGGAAAACAGUCAAUGGACAUUUGGACAUUUCUUCUAAAAGAGACCAACUUCCUCAUCCCAUCAGGGAGUUCCUCCAGGAAUAUGAGGCUCCUAUCUAAAGUGGACUGAUGCUCUUGAAGGGGCAAAGACUAAAAAGGAACCAUAUGGUUUCAGUGCAGCUAGUAAAGACACACGCUGUGGAAUUAAGCAGAGACAGUCAAGCCCACGUUCGCGCUUGUGAAAAGGAGCAGUUUAUUGUACUGACAAGAUGUGUGUUGGUCUCACAGAAAAGUGGGCAACAAAAGCCCAAGAGAAGAGAAGAGAAGAGAAGAGAAGAGAGAGCUGCUGUAAUAUUGUGGUAUGAAAGAGAGUGAACCCUCACUGAUGACAUACAUUUUACUGAAAACUGAGGUGAAGCUUACAGUCAGAUGUCUACUGUCUGAUGACACACAGGUUCCCUCUGCUGCUGCUUACCUAAUGUGCUGUGAGGCUGUCGAGCUCACACACAUCAGACUCAGAAAAUCGGCCAUCCAUUAAAGCUGGACAGGCUCUUACGGUCAGGCUGUUUUUUGCUGACCUCGGAUGAUAAUCUUGGACGUAUUAGACACGUCCGUCAAGCAUCCUGGCACCUCUGUCCAGCUUGGAAAUUCCCAGACAAUGGAAACUUAGCUGAGUGGACACUGAUGGCUUCCUUGGUGCAUAUUUGUAACAGCCACCAUGGAAAAAUGACUUAAAGUAUUCUAACAAGAUGUGGAAAGAAGACAUGUUUCUGAUAUUUUGUUUAGAUGAAGGGUUUAUGCCAAACUUGCCUGAACUAGACAACAGUUUGUUGUAUUACAAACAUGACUGAACCCUAGAGGAUCUUACUUGAGAGAACAGUACUACUGCUUAAUAUGGCUUUAGUGCUGAAAAAUGUAUACCAAAAUAUGUGGAAGUAUUUUUGGCACAAACAGCAUUGCCAUUGCUUGCAGAUGAAUGUAUUUAAAAUGGUAUCUGUCUUUUCCCGUUAAGGAAAAGAGUCAUAAUGUAUCUUAUUUUCAUGAUUUAACAUGAGUGAAGAUUAUUUUUCUUGUGCUGUCUUUUAUAAAGAUGUACUUUUGCCAGCCAAACCACUGGCUACGGAUGCUUGAAUAUAUUUGUUUGACGAAGCAAGCAGACUGAUACAACUUUGCACUUAUUUAUAUUUGUAAAAGAACAUUUCAUUAAUUUAUAAUAAAAGAGCACUAUUUUUCUAUGAAA